CAAUGGCAAGGGGAAAAGGGCGAGGCACAGCACACGCAGGCUUGACAGGCCAAGGGUCGGGCUCUGUAAUGGGCUCCGAAGAAAUAGAAUGACAGGCUUUGACAGCAACCGACAGGCAUGCAAGGCGUGACAAGGGAAGAAAAAAAAAACAGAUGAGAAUUAUCCUUACCACCGAGGAGAGGGGAAUUGUUUCUUGUUGUGGGAAGGAUCUUCCUAAAACCCCUUUACACAUAUAACCGUUGAUAAUAUCUGACUUAAUGUUUCCACUAUUUCCUUCAUUUUGUUCCUGCUUGGAAUGAACCGUCCGAUGGUCUAGAAAUAGUCCUGUUGGAGAGGAGGGCAAAGUCAUUCUUAUAUUGCUGUUACCUUCGUUUUCUCCUUUCUUUCCUCCUCUUGUCUUUUUUGGAUUUUCUCCUCGUCUUCUAGGUCAGGGUCGCCCUCCUUUUUAUUUUCAAAAUCCCCCGAUCAUACGAGAGAGAGAAAAAAAAAAAAGACCAAGCAACCAUGUCGACCCCAAACAGCACCGACGGCACUACCGAGCCGCAGUAUGAGCCCAUCAGGAUAGAAAACGGCGACCAGAUCGGGAUGCUGGUGGUUUCCAUCUUCUGCAUGGUGAUGCCGACCAUCACCGUCAUCAUGCGCUUCAUGGCCCGGGCCCGGGUGGCGCGCGAAUCCCGCUUCAGCAUGAGCGACUGGCUUCUCAUCCCCUGCCUGGCGGCCCUGUACGGGCUCAGCAUCGCAAACUUCCUCAUGGUGUUCGAGGGUGGCUUCACCUACGACCAGGGCACCAUCCCGACGCGCUUCGGCCCCGACACCCUCGUGGCUUUCCUCAAGUGCAUGGCCGCCUGGCCCAUCAUCUGGAACUGUGCCAUCUUCACCUCCAAGCUGUCGGUCCUGCUCAUGUACAGCAUGCUCAUGCCGGUCCGCAACAUGAUCCUGGCCGUCCGCUGCACCGCCGUCUUCCUGGGGCUCUACAACCUCAGCGGCGUCAUCGCCGGCUUCACCAUCUGCCAGCCCUUUAGCAAGAACUGGGACGUGUCGGGUCAGGAGCCGGGCAAGUGCGGAGACGUCAGGUUGUUUUACCAGUGGCUGAGCGGCAUCAACGUCUUUUGCGACCUGCUCCUUUUCCUGCUGCCCAUGCCCGUCCUAUACACGUUGAAGCUGGCCCCAAGGAAGAAGGUUGUUCUCGCGGCGCUGUUGUGUGUUGGUGUUUUGACUGUCAUCAUCACAAUCUACCGUCAAACCCUCCUAACCAACAUGGACAACACAAACGUGACGGGAACGACCCUAUUCGCCUUCCUCUUCUCCAACCUCGAGAUCGCCUUUGCCGUGAUCCUAGCCUGCGUCCCACUGCUCCGCCCAUUAUUCCGCGGAACCUUUGGCGGCGGCAGCAGCAACAACAGCAACCCGCGCGGCACCGGCAGCAACACGCUCGUGCCGCCCACCAUCGGCGGAGGCGGCGGCGGCGGCGGCAGCAAGUCCAAGCCCACCAGCCGCGGGUUCGCCGAGCUGGACGACGACGAUGCCGAUUCUGCUGGGAGCAAGGUCGAGCUGCAGACGUACGGGAACAAGAAGAACGCUAGCGUCUCUCUGGGUGACAGGGGUUCCAUCGGCGGUGGGAGGGGUGGUGGCAUCAUGGUAGAGACGAGGUGGGAGGUUGAGAGUCAUGAAAUUUCGAGGGAUGGGUCGAAUGGGCACGCCAUGCACAAGGUUGUCAGUCCUGUAUAAAAACAACAAAAUGGAGAUUGGGGUUUCGGUGUAGGUGUAGAGUGUAGAGUGUAGAGUGUCUCGUUUUUUUUCGAGUCUUAUUAAAACUUUCUUUUGUACUAUAAUUAUUAUAACACAUUGCGUAUUUUCUAGGUUGGAUAUACUCUGUAGAUACCAAAACGGCGCUGGGGACACAUAAAAAAGUGGUUGGG